AAUAUUUCUACUAAACCCUCCUUGAGUUGUGAUUGCAGCCGCCGCCGCCUAAUUUUGUAUCCUAUUUAGUGCAUGGGUCUAAUAAGAAAAAUGUAUAGUUGUGCAUUAUAGCUUAGCUUUCUGCAUCUUUCUUACAUAUAAAUGUAAGACUUUAUUUCUAUGGUGAUUAACAGGUUAAUGUGACAAUGUCUAUUGAAGUGAAGCAGAGAAAGAAGGGCCCUAGGGAGUUAAAAAAUACUCCUGGCAGUAGCCAGACAUCAGGACACCAGUUGCAGAAUGAGCUUCAAGGAAAAGUCAAGGCUGGGUCUCCCAUGGGUGGACAUAAAUUGCUUUGCCCAGAUCCCAGGACAUUGCUGUGCUUACUCUGCUUAGCAAUCUGCUUGGCCCUUUCAUGGCUUGUAUUUCAGCAGUCCCAGAACUCUGCAGUGAUGGAAGAAAAAUAUCUGAUUCUUCUAAAAAAAUCAGAAGUAGUGGAAGACAUAGAGGGCCAGGUCAAAGCCAUGUUUGGAAAGCUGGAAUAUACUGACAAGGUGGUGAAGAAUCUGGGGGACCUUCAAAUUAUGAAACAAAUGGAACAAUUAAAAAUUGAUAUCACAAAUAUUGAAAAGUGGUCCAGCCUUAUUUCGAGCAAGAGAAAACAGCUUGAAGGGAAUGUAACUAAUCUCCAAGAGGCUGUCGCUCAGAUAGAAUUCAGCACUGCUGCCAUUGCUAAGGAAGUAUCCAUGAAGAUUAAAGCAGUUCAAACAGAUGUAAGGAGAAUAUCUGGUCUAGAGCCUUAUGUUCAGGUAUUGACGGAAUCGGUUCAAGAACUGGAAGAGAAACUAGCCAAAGUAGAGAGGAAAACUGUGGAGAGCAUUGGUGGAAUGUUAGCCGGUAGCAUAGACCGGAUUUCUUCAUUAAAGAGCUCUGUUUCUAGAAACUCCAACCACAUAGACCUGAUUAAAGAAAAACUCUUCCAACUCCGAGGAAAUUUAAGUGAAAAUUCUGAACAGCUCUUAAAUUUGGAAAGCGACAGACUCAAAGUCAUGAAAGCUGUGAACUUUGCCAAUGAUUUAAAGCCCAAAGUGUUUACGCUGAGAAAGGACUUUCAGAAUUUAGAUAACAUGAUUAACGAACUGUCUUUGAGAAUUGGCCGCCUGGCGUCCGACUUAUUGAGCCGUGAAGAAGACAUUACUCUGUUAAAUGACAAAUUAUACAACCUAACACUGAUUAAAUCUGCCAUUUUAGAUUUAAAUGAUAAAAUAAGCCAUUUAUAGACCUAGAAAUACACAUUGUUGGCUAAGGUCAAUAGUGUUAUCGAAAGCUGAAAUUUUAUAUUGCUGCAUUUGAAACAGCUAUUUAUUUCCUACCCUAAGGUUGAUGCCAUUUUGUACUGAAUGUGAGCUUCACUCUACUACAGAUGGAGCUCCAGCCAUUCCUAUGGUGAGCUGUCCAAAACCUCUAGCCAUGUCAGUCACUUGUGAAAUAGUAGGGCCAUUAUUUUGCUUGUGAUACCUUACACGUUGCCAUUUGCUAUAAUGCAGGCCGUACCUAAUACCAAAUAUCGGUUUGAUACUAACCUACACCUUGGAAGUACUGUGGUGCGACCCUGAGAUGUGCCAUAAUGGGCACGGUUUGAUAAUCCUUCUCACAUUCAAAAUAAAUUUCAUGGUAAGUGUU